AAUCAGAUAAGGACUGAUUACUAAAGAGGGAGAGGACGCUGGUUUCUCAAUGGAUGGUGCUACCUGCUAAGCUGCAACAAGAUCUAAAAAAAAUAAUAAAUCUCAUCACACUAAGUCAUAUAUUGUUUUCAGAAGACUCUGCGUCAUAAAUGGAGAAAAGCAAGAAAAGUUUCGUUGUAAAGCAGAUUACAGGGCGCCUCACCUUUCCUCUCUUGGCUGUCGCGUUGCUUUCGUCCUUUGGGUCGUCCAUGCUUUAUGGUUAUAAUUUGGCGGUUGUCAACUCUCCGUCUGAGCACAUUAAAGCAUUUUAUAAUGCCACCUGGUUCCAACGAUACGGCAAUGCACUUUCCCAAAGCCAACUGACCUUGAUGUAUUCAUUGACUGUAUCGGUCUUUGCCUUGGGUGGAAUGCUGGGAUCUCUGCUGGUUGGAGUUCUGGUCUCCAGGUUUGGAAGGAAAGGUACUAUAAUAAAAACGUCUCCCUUGGUUUUUAUCGCCGGUGGUCUAAUGGGAUUCAGUCGCCUCUUAAAAUCUCCAGAAAUGGUAAUCGUUGGAAGGUUUGUCACCGGCAUACACUCAGGAAUUGCACUCAGCGUUGUUCCCAUGUAUUUGGGAGAAAUAUCCCCAAAGAAUUUACGUGGCUUCUUGGGUCUGAUGCCAAGUAUUUUCAUUUGCCUUGGGGUCUUUUCUGCGCAGGUUCUGGGUCUUCCUGAGCUGUUGGGUGAGGAUGAAAGCUGGCCCCUGUUUCUUGCCUUGGUGGUGAUACCCACCCUCGUACAGGUCCUACUCCUGCCGUGGUUUCCAGAAAGCCCUCGAUACCUUCUUAUAGAUAAAAACAACGUUCAUGCUACCAUCGAUGCUUUAAGGUGUUUCCUGGGAAAGGCUAAUGUUGAAGACGUCAUUGAGGAGAUGCAAGAAGAGCAGCAAUCCCUUUCUUCAUUGAAAACCGUUUCGGUUUGCCAGCUCUUAAUGGACCAUACGCUUUUCUGGCAAAUUUUAUCUGUCAUUGUGAUCAACAUGGGUAUGCAACUGUCUGGAAUAGAUGCUAUCUGGUUCUACACGAAUUCCAUAUUUGAGAAUGCCGGGGUGCCUCUGAAGGAGAUCCCAUAUACGACUGUAGGAACUGGGGCAAUUGAGGUCAUCGCAGGCGUUAUUGGGUGUUUCACCGUUGAGAAGCUGGGUAGACGCCUGCUAAUGAUUGGUGGAUUUAGUUUCAUGGGUUUCUGCUGUGCCGGAAUUACUAUGGCUCUGGUAUUUCAGGCACGGAUCCCCUGGAUGCGUUACGUCAGCGUGGUGUGUGUGAUUGGGAUCAUUGCGGGUUUCUGUAUUGGACCGGCUGGAGUUCCAUUUAUAAUGACUGGGGAGCUCUUUAAACAGUCUCAUCGGCCUGCGGCUUACAUCGUCGGUGGGACUUUAAAUUGGUUGUCUAACUUUACCGUUGGAUUUGUCUUCCCGUUCCUUCAGAUGUCCGCCGGGGCCUUUUGCUACAUGGUGUUCUGCGGAGUGUGCCUGUUUGUAGCUGGAUACGUUUACUUCAUCAUUCCUGAAACCAAGAACAAAACAUUUAUGGAAAUUAGUCAGAUGUUUUCUUCUGCGAAGACCUUGUCUACCCCAACGACUAUCAUAGAUGAUGUACGACUAAGAAAGUUGAAUGGAUAUGGUGCAUUGGACAGCAGUUCUAUGGAGUUUUCAUUGCCUUUAUCUUGAAAAAAAAAUAAUAAUAAAGACUUUCUCCAAAUA